GUUUCAAGUAUGGCACAGUCCAAGGAAUGACCACAGCCGUCGACGACGCCGAAGUCAUCGCGGAGAAUGAACAAGCGUUGGCAGCCUUCGCCGAUGGAGACAAAACCCCCGAGGCUCUUGCGGCGCGACCGCCCUUAGAACGGAUCCUGCAACAGAUCCGACAGCACGGCGUGUUAUACUACGACUGGGGCCUCGUCAAGCACGUUGUCCUGGUCAAAGUCCAGAUCGCAAUCGGUGCGUACGAUGCUGUGGGACCGUCGACAACGCCAGAAGAAGUCGAUCGCAGCGAGCUCUUCAACACAAUCCUUGCUCGAGCCACACCGCCAUUUACACUCCAGCGACUGAUUGAAGUGCUCAUGGACCCCACUCGCUACUACGCGCAAUCGUCCAAGUUUAUGAACGCUGUUCACAAGUUUUUUCAAGUGAGUUCGAUGGCCGAAACAGACGAUCCACGCAAUCCCCGGCUGCAAUCGGUGCGGCGCAGGCAUGUCAAUCCGUCCUUGCGACAUUUGGUCGAGUCGUAAACGACUUUCAUGAAUCGUUGAAUCGAGGCGGACGGCCCGCCCGUCGAUGUUGUCGCACGCAUGCUUCCACACGCACUUCGCACACAUCCC